AUGGCUUCUUCGGCUAAGCAUCUAUUGUUCUUCUGUUUGCUAGUGACGUUUUCCUCUAUCCAGGCUAGAGAGAGCAUGUUCUUUAGCAAGUUCACGAGACACUAUAGCAUCACAAAAGAGAAUGGUAAGAAAGGGCCCAUCACCAUUUUGUCAGUACCAAUUCAAGCACCCACACUAGCACCAUCACCAUCACCAGCAUCGUUACUAGAUGUUCCAGAACCAGCACCAGCACCGGUGUUCGGCGAGAGUGAAAAGGGCCAUGGCCAUUUCGGUGAGGGCUCAGGAAUGUUCCCUCCUAAGGAGACUUCAACCACCACCACCACCACUUAUGCUGAUGAAAAUGAGCUUUUGAACGAAGAACUUGAUGGUGUAACCUCUGACCAGAAGUAUGAAAACAGCAACUACAACAACAAUGGCUAUACUAGCACUUACAACAAUAAUGGUUACGAGAGGAGCAACUACAACAACAAGAACAACAACAAUGGCUACAAACUUGGUAGUGCUAGAUAUGAGACAGGUAAUCAAAACAACAAUGGCUACACCAACAAGUACUACAAUAAUGGCUACAAACUAGCUGGUGAAAGCUAUGAAGCAGGCAAUCAAAAUACUGAGAAUGGCUACAACAACAAUGGCAACACAAACAACUACAACAACAAUGGCUACACCAACAAGUACUACAAUAAUGGCUACAAACUAGCUGGUGAAAGCUAUGAAGCAGGCAGUCAGAAAAGUGAGAAUGGCUACAGCAACAACUACAACAACAACGGCUACACCAACAAGUACUACAAUAAUGGCUACAAGCUACCUGGUGAAAGCUAUGAAGUAGGCAACCAGAAUAGUGAGAAUGGCUACACCAACACCUACAACAACAAUGGCAACACAAACAACUACAACAACGAAGGCCACACCAACAAGUACUACAAUAAUGGCUACAAACUAGCUGGUGAAAGCCAUGAAGCAGGCAGUCAGAAAAGUGAGAAUGGCUACAGCAACAAUGGCAACACAAACAACUACAACAACAAAGGCUACACCAAGUACUACAAUAAUGGCUACGAACUAGCUGGUGAAAGCUAUGAAGCAGGCAAUCAGAAUAGUGACAAUGGCUACACCCGCUAUGAGACUGAGAGACAAGGGAUGAGUGACACCAGAUUUAUAGAGGGUGGAAAGUACUAUUACAACGCGAAGAAUGAGAAUUAUUAUCCUGCUAAUAAGUACGAGUCAGGGAAGGUAAGCACUCAAAAUCAAGGUUCUUAUGGAAAUGAUGAGAACCCUAACGAAUUCAACACCAUGGAAGAGUAUAAGAGCCAGGAGGGGUAUGAGGAAAGCCAAGAGGAGUCUUUGCCUUGA